AUGAUCUCAACAAGGGCAGCGUGGCAACUGCAGAACAUUGCACAGCAGCCCACCAAGUUCAGCAUGGCAGACAGUGAUAGCCAAGAUGCAGCCGCCAGGGACAGGAUCAUCUCACACAUGAACAAGGACCAUCACGACUCAAUCAGCCGAUACUUGCAAUACUGGGGCAAGGUCUCCCUCUUGCCCGCUCAUGACGGUCGAAUGACCGACAUCACACUCAGCAGCAUGACACUGUCCUGCCACGGACGAGACUACCGAGUCCCAUUCGAGCCUGCCAUGACUUCCUACCGAGAGGCCCGGGAGCGUGUCGUUGAGCUGGACAAGGAAUGCCGCAAAGCACUCGGCCACUCAGACGUGACUGUCAAGCAGUACAUUCCACCCAACACUCCUAUGUACAUGACCGAAAUUGCAAUCAUCUCGGCGACUUUCCUGGCAUACAGCCAAAGGUGGUGGUUUGCAGCUGGAGGACCUGUCGGUCACAUAUGGCCUGCAUUCGCUCGGUUCAGCUGGGCGAUACAGCCUUGGGUCAUCGGGCUCAUGGUACUCAUCCACGGAACAGAGGCGGUACACUUUGCAAGCAGCAGACUAUUGCACCACUCCGUGAACCCUCGAUCGAGGGUAUUCUGGCUCUGGGCUGCGUCCUUCUUCAUUGAGGGAGUCUUCGCUCUCCGGCGUUUUGAUGAACACGUGAAGACUCUGAGAUUGAAGCAGAAGCAUUGA